GGCUGCCAUGUUGUCUGCGAGGCAAACGUCUCUCCCCCAGAGCAGGGAGGCACUGAGUCACGGUCCUGGUCUCUGCAGCUGUGCGGCUCUCAGGUUCAACGUGUUGCUUAAUUAGGACAUCCCGGAAGAGGAGCCGGUGCCGCGCGCAGCUGAGUGACGGGGCAGGGGAGCAGGAGGGGACCGCAAGACAGCAGCGAACUGCCACGAAUCCGUCCCGGCGUAAUCACACCCCUAAAGAUCCGGACAGAAAUUUACCGCGGACCAGAACAGGGAGGUUUGUCUCCAUGGAAGGAUUAAUGCAGCGCCUGGAGCGAGCUGUGACUCGCCUCGAGCAGAUGUCAGCGCAGGCGUCCAGCGGGAUGGCCAACGGGGACUGUGUCAACGGCAUCGAUGGAGGUCUGUCUCAGUGCGUGGAGGCCUUCGACGUGCUGAUGAGUGGCCCGGUGUCAGACUACCUGAACAACAGCCGCGCCAUAGGGAGCGAGGUGGAGAAGCAUGCAGAGAUGGUGAUGAACGCCUUACAGACUCAGAGAGCUUUCGUCAAGAUGGCUGCCACACACCAGGAACCAGCGCAGACAGAGCUCCAGGACCUCUUGAAGCCGAUUUCAGAUCACAUCCAGGAGAUUCAGAGCUUCAGAGAAAGAAACCGUGGCAGCAGCCUCUUCAACCACCUUUCAGCCGUCAGCGAGAGCAUCCCCGCUCUGGGCUGGGUGGCCGUGAGUCAGAAGCCUGGUCCAUAUGUAAAGGAGAUGAACGACGCUGCCACCUUCUACACCAACAGAGUGCUUAAGGACUACAAGGAAACAGACAGACGCCAUGUGGACUGGGUGCGCUCCUACCUGUUGAUCUGGACUGAGAUGCAGGCGUUCAUCAAACAGCAUCACACGACAGGUCUGGUGUGGAGCAAGAGUGGCCCCAUUGCUCCUGCUUCUCUCUUUGAUUCGCCUACAGCCCCGAGUGCACCCUGUCCACCUCCACCGCCUCCUCCACCCCCCGGCCCUCCUCCGGUGUUCACCGAUGACAACGCCAAGCCUCAGGCAGACGCUGCCGCAGCCCAGCACUCCGCGCUAUUUGCCCAACUCAACCAGGGCAUGGACAUCACUAAAGGUCUGAAGCAUGUGUCAGAUGACCAGAAGACCCACAAGAACCCCAAUCUGCGUUCUCAACAACCAACAACAGCCAAAGGCAAGAACGCAGGGCCUGUGGCUUCACCCACUACACCUGCCCAGAAAAGACCCCCACUGCUGGAGCUGGAGGGGAAGAAAUGGAGGGUGGAAAACUUUGAGCAGAAGCACGACCUGGUGAUCGAGGAGACGGAGCUUAAACAGGUGGCGUACGUCUUCAGUUGUAAUAACUCCACCCUGCAGAUUAAGGGCAAAAUAAACUCCAUCAUCAUCGACAACUGUAAGAAGCUGGGUGUGGUUUUUGAGAACGUUGUUGGGAUCGUGGAGAUCAUUAACUGCAAAUCGAUUCAGUUACAGGUUUUGGGAACAGUUCCCACCAUUUCCAUCAACAAGACCGAGGGCUGCCAGGUCUACCUGAGUAAGGACUCCGUCAGCUGUGACAUUGUCAGUGCCAAGAGCUCUGAGAUGAACAUCAUGAUACCUGAAGGAGAGGACGAUUACAGGGAGUUCCCAGUGCCGGAGCAGUUCAAGACUGUGUGGGAUGGAUCCAAACUGGUGACAGAACCCACGGAGAUCGCAGGCUGACUUUGUCGUCCAUACGCACACAAAUAUAUUUCCGUCCUCCUGAUGUUAUCCCUCAGACAUACAGUGCUAUGAAAAGUACUUUCCCCCUUCACAACUUUUUUUGUAUAGUUGUCACACGUUUUUAGAUAAUGAAACUUUAAUCAAGUUUUAAAAUUAGAUAUAUUGUUCUCUGCUGACCAAACAGAACACAAAGGCUCAUCUCACAUAUGCCAAAAAACAUCCUGAUGGCCCCUAAGACUUUUGAGCAAAUAUUCUGUGGACUGACGGGACAAAAGCUGAACUUUCUAGAAAGAUUGAGCCACUUAAUUAUCUGGCGUCAAACUAACACAGCAUUUCAUAAAAAGAAGAUCAUACCAAAAAUAAAACGCGGUGGCAGUAGUGUGAAUGUCGGUGGUUGCUUUGCAACUUCAGGACCUGAAUGACUUCUGGGCGACUCUGCUCUCUACCAGAAAAUGCUGACGGAGAAUCUUCGGCCAUCAACGGUGCUCAGGAAACUCAAGGACAUUUGGCUUAGUCAGUAGGACAAUGAUCCAAAAUACACCAGGAAGUCCACCUCUGAAUGGCUCAAAAACCAAAAACAAAUUGAAGGUUUUGGAGUAGUCCAGUCAAAGUCUGGACUUAAAUCAGACUGAGAUGCUGUGGCAUGACCUUUAACACAUUGGAGAGGUUUCCGACCAUGCCGGAAACCUCUCCAAUGUGGCUGAAUUAAAACAAUUCUGCAAAGAUGAGUUGGCCAAAAUCCCUCCACAAUGAUAUGAAACACUCAUUGCCAGUUAUCGCAGUUCUUGCUAUCAAGGGUGGCACAACCAGUUAUUAGGUUUAAGGGGCAAUUACUUUUUCAUACAGGUAGUUUUGGGCAGGUUUUUUUCCUUUGAUUAAAAAAAAAAAAAUCAUGGUCAUCAUCAUUUAAAAACUGCAUUUUUAUUUACUCAGUUAAAGUUUAUUUGCUGAUCUUAAACACAUAAAUGUGAGAAAUAUGAAAAAAAAAAUCAAGAAGGGGGCAAAUACUUUUUCAUAGCGCUGUAGGAAAAGUUUUCUAAUAGGCACGUAGAUUAACUUUUAGUCCACUUGCUGUUGCUGUAUUUGUGACUUCAUAAGAGGUUUCUCCAGCACUUCUGCAGCUGUUGUCUGUAAUGAAUCUGUCAGUAUAACACAAUCUCCCACUAGUUGCUCAGGUUUAGGUGUCACAAACCAGAGCACACUUACAUUUCUGUGCCAAAACAACACAGGCAUUUAUGUGAGAAAGUGUAACUGCUAAAAAAUAAUAUUUUAAAGGUAUUCUCAUCAUUAGAUCCGUUUCCUUAAAAUAUAGAUUUUAAAUGUUCCGAGAUGACCACUAAUAAGACAGUACUCCACUUACACCUACUGCAGAAAACUUAAAAAACCAACAUUACCUUCAAAUAGAGAAAAGCAAAUAAGUGUCUGUGGUACAUUUUCCAUCUAAUAAAGUGCUUCCAGCCACCUCUGUAAAGAGCAUCGUGCCCAGCAGUCGUGUAGUAAAGUCACUGUGAAGUACAUGCAGUAUUGUCCUUAUUCUGCAUUAACAGCUGCUGUUGUGAUUGAAAUGAUUAAUUAGCUCAUUUCUUUUACUGUACAACGUAUCAGCUAUAGUAGUAACGGUUACCUCCGAGCACUUCCUAUGUUUAUCGUACUUUGUAUACCACUUAUUUUGUAGCACACAGCACCAGCAUAGCACAGAUUAAAUGCUGAUACUAAAAAUAAUAUAAUAUACAAGAAAAAAAAUUUAUGUAAUUCUGUGUCUUUUUUUUUUUUUCAAAUAAAGUCAAAAC